UAAAAUAAAAUUGGAAGAAGGAAGAAUAGGAAAGGGAAACAAACAAAUAAAGGGCGCUCAGCAACAGCCGACUUUAGUUUGGACUGAAGAAGUUAUACCCUGCGGCUGAUAUUUAACAAAACGACAUAUCCCAAUCUAGUGGCCAUACUCCAGGCUCCCUUAGACUACAUUUUUUUUUCUUUUGGUUUUCAGAUAUUUCUCACUGGAGCAAAAUGAAAGCUUCCAUUUUUGUUAGACCUGCAGGACUUCUAUUUGUUUCAAGAAAAACGUUUCCCCACUCAAGGACUAGAGUUACCUUUCCCCAGAAGGUUUUCUUUUGCCAAGCAAAGUACAGUGGUUCUGGAGUUGAUGGAAAAUUCAGCUUAAGGGUGGUCCCUCCGGCCUUGUUGGCUGCAGAAAAGGAAGAAGCCAAGGCUGUUCUAACCUUGUUCUUGAAGAAACAAGGUUUAAGUAAUGUGGUGGCAGCGAGAACUAUCAAUAAGUCAGAUGCUUUUGUUGAUCAUCUAGUGUCAAGGCUCCAUUCUGUUCACAAGUCUCGCUACUUAGUAGGUCGGGAACUUUCGACUCUUGAGAUCCGGGAAGCUCUCAUUCCGUACCUCGAGACACUAUUUGAGGAGUACGGAGGCAUUUUGGUAGAUGUUGUCGAAAAUUUUUCAAAAUCACCUGUUGAGGAAAAAUUAGAAGAAAAUGUUCAAAAACAAACUGUAAUAGAAACUUCAGUUGCAUCAGUUUCUCCUUCGGUUGCUUCCUCUGACUCGAGGAAGCUAAAAGCCUUGGCUCGAGUUAGUGACAUUAGCCCGACUGGGAAGCUUCCUUCACACAUUGUCUACCUUGUAGAUCUUGGCAUGAAAAUUGAGGCAAUCAGGGAAGUGAUACGCAAGUUCCCAGCUUUUGCCUACUAUAGUUUGGAGGGGAAAAUCAAGCCUGUUGUUGAAUUUCUUCUUGAUCUAGGUGUGCCGAAAUCAGACAUUCCCACCAUCCUAACUAAAAGACCUCAGCUUUGUGGAAUUAGUCUAACUGAAAAUCUGAUCCCCACCAUGGAAUUUCUUGAGGAUUUAGGCGUGGACAAAAGACAAUGGGCAAAAGUUAUCUAUCGCUUUCCACCGCUUCUCACUUACAGCAGACAAAAACUAAAAGCAACUGUGGAUUUUCUCUAUGAGAUGGGACUCUCAGCCGAGAAUGUGGGUAAGGUUCUUACACGCUGCCCAAAUAUUAUAAGUUACAGCGUGGAGGAUAAGUUACGACCAACUGCUGAGUAUUUCCGUUCAUUGGAGGUUGAUGUUGCUGUUCUUCUUCAUCGAUCUCCUCAAACUUUUGGUCUUAGCAUUGAGGCUAAUUUGAAGCCUGUGACAGAAUUUUUCCUUGAAAGGGGGUAUAGUUUGAAAGAUGUUGCAACUAUGAUCUCAAGAUAUGGAGCACUGUACACUUUUAGCUUGCCAGACAACUUGAUAUCGAAAUGGGAUUUUUUCUUGACCAUGGUUUAUCCAAGAUCUGAGUUAGUUAAGUUUCCACAGUAUUUUGGUUACAGUUUAGAAGACAGGAUCAAACCUCGAUAUGAAAUUAUUAGAAAAUGUGGUGUCAAAUUACUGUUGAACCAGAUGUUGUCUCUCUCAGAAGAAGACUUCCAUAAACUUCUGAAGAAAAAAAUGGAGAAAAUGCUUGAUGAUUAACUUCUAUGCAUUGUAUGUAGUAGAUAUAGUUCAAUAAUGAAGGGUGUACAUGACUUGAUCCAACUUCAGUUUGAUAUGGUGUUCCCUCUUGUAAUGAAUAUUCGCUGGUUUUAAGAUUUGGCCAAGUAUUUGAAUUAUAUUUGGCUGGAGAACGAUAUGGAUAUUCAAUUGCUGAAGGAUUUUGACCUA